ACAAUUAUGCGGCAUGUCUGGAGCCUGACGGGAUGCAUUUAGUUGAAAAAAAAGGAGAUGCCAUCCUGCCGCAUCCGGCCACAUUUCCAGCACUAUGGGUAGGACAUUCAGAUCCCUUAAAGAAAGAGCGAGGGAGCACCUUAUACCCUUAGAUCUGCAUAAAAUUGAAGAAACAAAUUCAACCAAUAGAAGAAUUUCAGCUAUAGGCAAGCAUAUCAUUCAUAAACAUGAGGGUGAUUUUAACCAGAUUAAAUUUCAAGGCAUAGAGAGUGUUAAAUUAGGAUCCAGGAGAGGAAACAUUAAAAGAAUCAUUGAUCAAAGGGAGGUAUAUUGGAUAUUUACUUUGAAAACUCGACAUCCAUAUGGACUCAAUAAUGAUUGGGAAGCAACAUGCUUCAAUGCACUUUGACAUAUAUAUCUCAUUGCACCUUUCUUUAUGUUUAUUAUAUCCUAGAAGUGGCAGAUAGUUUAUUAUAACAGCUGCUGUAACCAAUAUGACAUGUAAUAUGCAAAAAAAUAUUUUUUAAGUGAUUGAUAGUUUUAAUUGAUACAGGUAUAUAAGGCAUAGUAUAUCCUGUGACCUCACCUCUGAGGAGAUAUUGUUUUGCAUAGAUUGGAUGGUAAGGUAUGUUGACCAGUAGGAUGUGUAAAGAUUUACAGUGCCUGGAAGUUAGCCCUGACAAUGGCGAUCAGUUUAGUCCAUAAACUGAGUCCCAUUGACACACUUUUUGCUAGAGUGACCUGAAGGGGCUAACUGGAUAUUGGUGUGAGACCAGAGGACUGUGGUACUCACUUUUUUUAUAUGAAUUAACCAGAUGGAGGAUGCACAUUUGGGUUUCAGCAACAACAUGGUAAUGAAGAUCAGCAGAUGUGAGUCUAAAUGGUUUUGUAGCUAUGUAUAACCAGCUUUUCUGGUCUGAAAGUGGGCAGCAUCAGAUCACCAGAUUGACCUGACUUGAUCUCCCCAGCACCAUACAACUAACCAGUGCUUCUCAGUUUAUACAUUCUGAAUGAUCUUCAAACGAUGGUCUUUUCAGGGGAUGCACAUGUGUCUCCCACCUCAAGCUCUUUCUGUGGGCAGAAUGCUGCAAAACUCUUUGGUACCAUUCUAGGUGUACACAUCAGGUUUCAAUGAACAAAACAGAAUGGGGUAAGUUGAACUUGUCCUGCCACUGUAAAUGAGUCCAAUAUUGGUACCCUAUUAUAUUACCUAUGUAAUGUAUAAUAUGUUAUUAUAUAUUGAAUACAUAUUUAUUUUAGGGCAAAAUCACUAUUUCAAUUUCACAUACUUAACAUUUACCUGUUUCAGAAACAAAUCAAUUUUGCAACAUUUAAUAGUUUUAAUAGUAUUUAUUAAGCUUUUUAAAAAGAUGCUUCUUUUACAUUGCCACGUACGUGUGAAAAUAAAAUAAAAUAGCAUUUUCUUAAGCUAGUAACAAAAAAUGAAUAAGCAGUUAAAACUGUUUACAUCAUAGUUUCACUCUUUACGCAUCACCUUAACAUUUCUCCUUAGUUCACACUAACUGAAAGAUUAAUGUCUGUGUUAUUUACUUCCUUUUUCACUGUCAAAGAUGUGAAGGGGUGGGGCUGGUAAGGAGCUUAAAUUCUGGGUUUUGGAAAUCGCUUUUCAGGAUUGAUUCAUUUCAUAAACUUAGAAGAAACAGCAGAAUAAACUUAAUUGUUGUCAACUAUAACAACAGAAAGUCAAGUGAAAAAAAAGGUAUGUCACAAUUCAAUAUUAUUUUCCUAUUUGUUCUAUUUUUUUAUGUAUAUUUCUGUAUAUUUCUCACCCUAUUCGGCUGUUUUUCUGUUGUCAGAGGUUUGUUUUUCACUUGUUACUUUUAAAACAUAAAAGUUCAUUUACUAAGGGUGAAAAAGAUGCAACAAUGCUAACAAACUCCAUAUUUUUUGUGACCACAAUGUACCUUGCUCUGCAUUUUUUCUGCUUAAAUGAGCUUAUUUUGGCCAAAUGUAAAAGCUGGGACCUAGAUAAAUAUACAAGAUAUUGCACUAACAUUUUUACCAUUUACUAUAUAUGUAUCAGUAAGUACAUUUAUGCAUUUUAAAUAAUAUACCAAAAAGUAAAUAUGCAGAAAAAAGAUAAUUUUAUAAAUCACCUUUCUAUCAAUCAGUAGUCAAACACUUAUAUUAUAUGAAAUAAUACUUUUUGUUCUUUCCUGUAUGGUUUUCAAUAGAACUUAAUAGAAAAUACAGUGAAGACUUGAAAUGGCACCAGAUGAAGUUAUGGUAACCCAGUUAUUUGCAGAAGAAGAACAUGAAGAUCAAUAUACUCUCAGCACCCUCGACUAUGUUGUGUUUGACCCAGGUGUAUUUUGUGAAAAAAAUUCAGUUAGAGAAUUUGCAUCCUAUGUCCUCCCACCCAUUUACUGGUGUGUUUUCUUAUUUGGUCUUAUUGGAAAUAGUUUGGUCCUCAUUACAUGUGUAUAUAAUAGAAAGCUAAAAACAAUGACCGAUAUCUUUUUAAUAAAUCUUACUAUUGCUGAUAUAUUGUUUCUCAUCACACUGCCCUUCUGGGCAAUCGCCACUUCUCGUGACUGGGUUUUCAAAACAGCUCUUUGUAAAGCUGUUAACAGCAUGUACUCAGUUAACGUAUAUAGUGGUAUGCUGUUACUGGCAUGCAUUAGCAUAGACAGGUAUAUUGCAAUAGUGCAAGCGACUAAAGCUCAAAAGUACCGGACCAAGAAGCUCAUUAUCAGCAAGUUAACAUGUCUCAUUGUUUGGGCACUUUCAACAGGUUUAAGUCUUCCUGAGAUAUUAUUUAGUAUUGUUAAGGAAGAAUCAAAUUCAUCUACCUGUACAAUGUCUUACCCUGCUGAACUGAGCAAAACAUUAAAAGUUGGUGUUCUCUCACUCAAAGUUACAGUGGCAUUUUGCCUUCCAUUUUUAGUCAUGGUGUUUUGUUACGCUAUGAUAAUCCCAAUUCUUGUCCAGGCUCGAGGUUUUCAAAGGCAUAAAGCAUUAAAAGUUAUUUUUACCAUUUUAUCGGUGUUUAUUUUAUCUCAAUUGCCAUAUAACUGUAUACUUGUGUUAAGAGCACUAAAUACUGCCAAUGUAAGCAGUUUUGAAUGUGCCACUACGCAAAAUAUUGAUAUUGCAUAUAAAAUCACACAGAGCAUUGCUUUUCUUCAUUGCUGUUUGAAUCCAUUUAUCUAUGUUUUUGUUGGAGUAAGAUUUAAAAGUGAUCUUUUAAACAUUUUAAAAAAAUGUACUUGUAUUGGUGAACAACAAUGGGCUAAAGUACUUCUAGGGGACAAUAAUAAGAAACCACUUUCAGAGACAAGGGAUAGCAAAAUGGGUACCUUGUCCCUAUAAAAAGUUUAACUUUUUUUUCAAAACCUUACAUUUAUACCUGUAUUUUUUAUAUAACAAAUAACCACUUUGCCCUAUAUAACGAUCCACCACCUUUAACCUAGUACUGUAUGUGACAUACCCACAUCCACAUGUACCCACAUCCGGUCUGCAGUAUUGUGAGUUUAUGUUUGCCAACUGCAGCAUCAUGCUUACUGUGCAGCAUAGUAGCAAUGUAUUUGUUAUGAUGUUAUUUGAUAGAAUGGUGAUUUGUUGUUAUUAUUAGUUAUGUACAAUUUUAUAUGUUUUGAUUCAAUAUGAUUUAGAUCAGGAGACUAAAAACGAUUCUUUCUCUAUUGAAAUCAAAUGAUGUAAAUGUAGUAAAUGUAGUAAAUGAAGUAAAUGUCACCGGUGCAUUUGCCUGUCACUGUACACAUGGGGUGUAUUUCAGCCAAGAAAAUGUGUCAUAAAAGGAAUGAAUGCGAUCCAGCUGGCACAGUGAACACAUUUGCAUUUUGACCAGAAAAUUCUUGUGAAAAUGCUUGCCUGAUUUCUGCCCUGUGUGUGCAGGGACAGGUAGAUUUCAUUUUUUCCUGUCACAGUACACACCGGACAAGUGUAGUAUGGAUCAGCCUUUUGUGGUGGAAAAAUACUACAUGUGCAAUAGGCCUAAGCAUAAGCCUACUGCCUAAUUUAUUGCUAGAUCUAUGGCCCAGGGCACACAUAUUACAUUUUAAGUUGUGACUGAGAUAUUUAUUUGCAAUUCCAUUUCCCCUCUCAGUAAUGACGUUUUUUCUCCCGAAUAAUAAAAAUCUCACUACCUAUAGCCUGGUGAGAUUGUAAAUGCAGAUGUGUGUUAAUGGCUUGACGUGUGAGAUGAUCCCACAAAUUCCUAUUGUGCAUGUGUGCUGUGUGACAAUGGGAAUGAAAAGAAAUGCAAUCUGUACAGUUAAGUAUUAUCACAAUACUGUAUCUCUCACGUAUAAGUGGGUGUUUCCCUUUUUCUCUAGUGCAUUUGCCACAAAACCACAGACUUAUAUUACAACAAUUCACCUCCACCUAUUGUUGCCAACACUAUUAAUUCUCUCUCUCCUCAUAUUUAGCAUCUCUUCUUUGUUCACCAGUAUUUCCUGCUACAUUUAGCUAGCCCUUUUCUUCUUCAUCCCCAUGAUAUCUUUAAAGUAUUACUGCUACCACAGGGUCCCCCACACCCAUGACAUGAUCAGAGAGGGUGGGCAGUGGGGGGAGCCACAAUCAGGUCCGGAUCGAGGAGGGCAGAGGGGGAAAAACAGGGAGGCCACAAUCAGGUCUGGAUCAUGGGAAGGCAGCAGAGAGUGACAGGGGAGGCCAGAUCGGUUCUGGGUCAGCGGGGCCCAUGAGGGCCAGGGCCCACCAGGUUUAUUCCCUGUGUUCUGCCGACCCAGUCCUACCAUGUGUAUUACCAUCUCUUCCAUCUAGGUCUCUAAAACUGUCUUUUAAACCUUUCCCUAUUGAACAGUCAUUCCACUGUGAGAGCAAUGCACCAAAUUAAAACAGAAUACAUCAACAUAGGUUCUCCAUUGUUGGCAUUGUGGUACCCCUGUGCCAACAAUUUACAUAAGUGGCAGGCAAACUAUGGGGUGUCCUUUGACCCAACUCCAUUUUGUUAAUGAAAAAUACAGUUUAAUUUUGGACACUAAAUUCAUUUCUCUCAGGGUCUAGGGUACCAUCGUACACUGGUAAAAAAUAUACAAGAAAGGCCUUAAUUUUAGUCAAGAACGAGAAUGAGAAAAACAAAUAAAUACAGUAUGGCAAGCUACUCAAUUAAAAUAUCUCUUAAUGAUAAAAUAGAUGCUUAUGCACAGUAUAUAAAGGAAUAUUUUAUAAAGGUUCACCUUUAUAUUUUAACAUUUAGUAUGAUGUAGAGAGUGCUAUUCUGAGAUAAUUU